AUGAACGUGUUUGAAUUUUCUAGGUGCUUCACUAAAACCAGUGGCACUUUUGGAAGCAACCCUGCAGCUGUGAUGCCCAUCGUAGCACCUUAUCAGCAGGACAGUUUAGAAAUGAAACCGUUGAAUCAUAUGAUGGUCGCGAUGUGCUUAGCGUCCACAACCCCCGGAUGCAACGCUGAGGCAGAGGAAGACGGCAAGGAGAAAGUGGAUCCCCCAUCUCCUCAGGAUUCCUGUGACCAAGAAAAUGUGAAUCCACUCAGUACAGAUUGUAUAGAAGAUCACAGUGCACAUUUGGAAACAUCAGAUCACAUGUUGAGCUGGAGCCCCCUUAUUCUCCAGCCUCUUUCAAAAGACUGUAAUGAAAAGACAGAAGGGAUUUCAAAUGGCGUUACGUUGGACGGUUUGGGAGUCUUCGACAGCUCCAAAAAGGUGCCUGUGCUUCAAGAAAUAGCUGAGGGGCACAAUGUGGACGUCACAAGGCUAGCUGCAUUAUUUCCACCUUCUCCCAGUUUUAACCAGCACAAUAGAAACAAUACUUACGCACUUGUAAAACAGCUCCAUGAAUUGGAGGCACAAUAUAUUACUGCCACAGACAAAUUCUUCAUGUCUGUCAUCAGUAGUUUGGCAUCUGACAUGUGUCCUCGUG